CUCAAUCACACACCCAUGCACAAAUCUUUCACUAAACCCACACGUGUAUAUCUAUCCAAGAUGCAGUCGCAUAUCCUCCCGAUCUCGAUCUCCAACCCCUUUCUCUCAAAUCGAGCAUCAUCGUCUUCAAUCAUUCCAAUCUCUGCUGCUGCACAAGCUGGAGCAGUAUUCAUCAAUUCCGACAAUUAUGAUGGUGAUGAUCUAGCUCAUUCAUCGAUUGAAGAUGGGAAAAAGGUUGAGACUAAACCCCUUUUACCUAGGGUUUCAAGUCACGAUAGUAUUAGCAGUACUCGUCUACCAUCAACUUCUACGGGUUCCGUUUCUUUCCAGAAACGACGUGGUACUCGUACCGCUAGCGAAUCGAAUCUAUCGGAUCUUCGUGGUGGCAGACGACGGUUUUUAUGUCACAAUGCGGGACGGACCGAUGGCGAUACUUUUUCUAUCACCCGGUUUGGGUCUAAAGUGUUGGGAUACAUUGGGUCAGGCUAUAGAGUGAUAACCGGAUUUCUUGCUCUACAAUGUUACGGAAUCCUAAUUAUGCCAGGUGUACUUCAAGUUGCUUAUUACUAUUAUUUCUCAAGUCAGGUACGCCGGGAUAUUGUUUUUGGUGAUCAGCCAAGGAAUAAACUUGAUAUAUAUUUACCUAAAAAUGAUGGGAAAAAUGAUGAUCCAAAGCCUGUCAUUGCUUUCAUCACUGGAGGAGCCUGGGUAAUAGGGUAUAAAGCAUGGGGUUCUCUAUUAGGACUCCACUUAUCAGGCACAGACGUCAUAGUGGCAUGCAUAGACUACAGAAAUUUUCCCAAGGCUACAAUAAGUGACAUGGUUGAGGAUGCUUCCCGAGGCAUCUCAUUUGUGUGCAAUAAUAUCUCGGAAUAUGGUGGUGAUCCUAACAGGAUUUACCUGAUGGGACAGUCAGCCGGUGCGCACAUUGCUGCUUGUGCUCUCGUGGAUCAGGCAAUCAAAGAGUCUGAUGUAACACAGAGUACUACGUGGAGCGUCUCCCAGAUAAAAGCUUAUUUUGGCUUAUCAGGAGGAUAUAAUUUGUUUAACCUCGCUGAUCAUUUGAAUACGCGAGGCCCAUAUAAGUCAAUUUUUCUCAGCAUAAUGGGAGGGGAGGAAUCUUUGAGUCGAUAUUCUCCAGAAAUUGUUGUGCAAGACCCCAAAAACAAGAAUGCAGUUUCUCUCCUACCUCCAGUGAUCCUGUUUCAUGGAACAGCAGAUUAUUCCAUCCCAGCAGAUAGCAGUAAAACAUUUGUGGACACUCUCCAAAGACUCGGAGUGAAAGCAGACUUGAUGUUAUACAAGGGGAAAACUCACACCGAUGUGUUUGUUCAGGAUCCGAUGAGAGGCGAUGAUAAACUGUUUGAUGAUUUGGUUGCAAUUGUUCAUGCGGGAGAUGAAGAAGCUCGUAGGAAACAAGUGAAUGCACCUCCAAGACGUCGACUUGUUCCUGAAUUCAUGCUAAAACUGGCUGCGAAAAUCAGCCCAUUUUAGCAGUAUCAUAUAUUCUUUGUACACACUGAGACUAUGCUUCUAUAUCUGAUUUCUUCUCACAAUCUAACAUCAAUAGUCAUAGUAAAUAGUUACUCGAUAUUGAGAUUUCCAAACAAAGGCUUAUAAUAGUAGUGUUUCUGGCAUGUUUGGAUAUGGGUUCUUUCGUUUUC